AACCUGUAUUUUAUAAACAUAGAAAAUGGAUGUCUGUCAGCGCUUAGAUUCAGAAAACAGUUGAAAUUGAAACUUUUGUAGCGGUUCGCUUUCCUUUUAUUGUAUUUUUGAUCAUUUUGUAAAUAUAUUCAAACGCGGUGACGUAUUUUUUUUGUUUUGGUUUGUAAGUUACGCCAAAAUUGUAUAUUAGUGACAAAAACCAGAAAAUGAUGGAAGUGGACGGUGCCGAAAAUUGGAACAACAACCAGGCAGAUGGAGGAAAAUUUGCGAAUUUGAAAGCUUUUGUGACUGCUGCCCGUGAAUUUGAGGCAACUCAUAGUGAAAAUGCUGUUAAUUUGAUGAACAGAUACCUUGGGCUGAUAGCAUCUUCAUGUGACCUAACAAUAUUCUCCCCCGGUCGCUCCGAGGUGUGUGCGUUCUUCAGUUCUCUGUGGAGGGUGAUGUGUGAUGGGAGAAGUCCUCAUUGGGCUUGCGUAGCCGUCUUGUCACGAGCCUCAAUAGAACCAAGUGCUAGAUAUGCUCUAACUCAUACAUACAAAUUCAUGCCAAUCCUCUCUCGACUUUUGACUGACUCAAUAUCUAACGAUAAGAAAAUCAAAGUGCUGUCAGUUAUGCAGGACAUAUCUUAUGGCAUAAAGAUAAGCUGGCAAGAGUCCUACCUGCCAGGGCUCAUGAAGCAGUUAACGGACUGGAUCACCCAGCCGAUGUCGGAGCCCCAGCAGCGGACGAUUGGCCACAAGUCUCUUACAGUGCUUGUCAAUGUGUGUUAUGGGAAUCUGCCUGCGAUCUACGCUUUAAUGAGAACUGUGGAUACUAAGGAGUUUGUUGUUCAUCUUAUUAAUUUGAAGGAAGGAGGCUACGGCGGCGUGGAGACGUGCCGGCUGCUGCUGUGCGUGGCGGGCGCGUCACGCGGCGCCAGCGCGCGCCAGCCCGACGUGCACAGCUAUCUGCGCUGCACCAUGCGCACCUACAAGGUGGCCGUGCUUGAACGGGACAGCACGCAGCUGCUGCACGCGCACACGUUCCUGAGCGACCUGUGCGCGGACACCAACCUGCGCGGGUACGUGCUCACCUACCCGCACUUCAGCACUGAGCUCAAGGACGGCCUCGCGGACAUGGACAGCCUUUGCCAAGCGGUGCCGGACGAUUCGGGCGACGCGGAGCAAGUCGCGGGCUGUCUGCGCAACGCCCUCAAGUUCCUCACUGUGCUCGUCAAUUUAGAUCUAUAUGCCCUGCGCUGCCACCACAUACAGAUGGUGUGUCUGUGUAUGAAGGCGAGCCGCAUCAGUCUGCCCGAAGCUCUGGAGCUGUUCGCGGCGAUCGUACAACAAUAUAAAGACGAAGGGCGGCUGCCACAGGAGUUGAUAUCGGUGAUCAGCGACGGCUUGCCCAGUCUGCUGGUGCCGCCCUCGCUGGAGCCGGGCAAGGCGGGGCUGCAGUGGCUUCAAGUGCUGGGUGCACUAUGCGAGUCUAGUGAGACGCAAGAACGGUUGCUGCACGAGGUCACUCCCGACACGUUUGAAGACACUUUGUAUAACGUGCUGCAGUACACCUCGCAGAAUGGCGCAUGCGGUGUGGAAGCGGCGCAAAAUGCUGUGGUGGUCGGUUGUCGCACCGCGUUGUCUCUAGCUCCAAUCUCAACUGAUUGGGAUGCUGCGCUCAACAGAUUGCUCGCACACCAUCAGGUUCGAAAAAUGCUUUGUGCUGGUUUGACCAGCGGUAAUGGACAGCGACGAAGACAGAUCCUGCAACUAGUCAAACAUCAUUAUUUCCCUUCGGACCAGAUGAGUCAAGUGUUCGGCGAGAGCCUGGUGACGGUGCCGGAGCCGGCGGAGACGGCGGCGGCGGCGGCGGGCGACAGCGUGACGGCCGCGUGCGGCAGCGUGUCGCCGCAGCAGGAGCGCGCCGUGGACCAGCUGGUGGCCAGGCUCGCCGACGCGCUGCAGACCGGGAAGAUCUCGGACAUAGCGACGUCGAGCGUGAUGGAGCUGUACGGAUACAAGAUGACAUGUUUGGAACAACGGCUGCAUUCUCACUCUGUCGCCUUACAGGGCGCCAGUGAACAUAUGGCGUCUCUGCAGCACUCGCUGGCGCUGCUGCAGGCCACCAACACCUCGCAGCAGGACGUCUUGUACACCACGCAGAUGCUGAACGAGAGACACAAACAAACCAUAGACGAGCUCCACAAGCAGCUGGAAGACGCGGAGACGACGCUGCGCGGCUUCCGAGCGAAGAUAGCGGCCGAGCGCCUCGACAAGGAGAACCAGAGGGACGCGCUGCAGAAACAGCACAAGCUGCACCUCAGCAACUUGGAGAUCGAGAUGAAAGCCCGCGAGAAAGAGUUGGAAGACCGACUGAGACAAUCUGAGAGCGAACACAAAACGUUGCAGAAGAAACUUGAUCAACAGACGAGCAAGAACAGUGAGCUAGCAGGCGUGUUGAUAAAGUUUGAGGAGCGAGUGAAGCAACGAGACAAGAAGCUGGAGGAGGCGAGCGAGACGGAAAAUACUCUCAGACGGGAAUUGACGCAGAAAGAUAAUAUGGUAAAACAGUUGGAGAAGACAGUGGCCGAGCGCGAGAACAGAUUGUACCAGGUGACGUCACAACUAGAGGAGAUGAAGCGAGUGCAAGAGAUGGUGGCCAAGUUGAUGAGCAAGAGCAGCAACACGACCGCCAGCUAACGGUAAAAGAGAAACUUAGAAGAUCUCUGCAAAAUUCUUUGUCUCAUGUCCAACUAUUAUGUAUUUUUAUAUUAAGAUGUUUUGCCCAAUACAAUCAUGAUUUAUUUACAAGAUUUCAUAUUGCGUAUAUGAAGGUGAUUGAAUGAUUGAAUGCAAUUAUUUUUAUGAAAAUUAAUGAGGAUAUUGUAUAGAAUAUUUUACUACUAGUGACAAAUAAAUUUUAUAAAUAAA